UUUACACGUGCUGUUUACACUUAUCUUGUUUGUCAGGGUUUUCGCGAGUGUCAUUCUGCGGCUCGAAAGCAUCUGUACGAAGAUUUGCAGAGGAAUUUGCAUAUCUUUUAAGGUUAUUGAAGGAUACUUUUACCAUAUAGCUGCAAUGUAUCAGGUUCUUGGUACACUUUUGAAGCUAAAUUCAAGAUUUCUAUAUUCCAAAAAAUUUAUUAGUAAAUUAAGUGCAGCAGAUAUUUCUUCAGAGGUCUUGCAUGCUUUUGAGAAAGACCUACCAGUUGUUGCAUUGGAAUCAACCAUAAUCACUCAUGGCAUGCCAUACCCAAAAAAUAUGGAAACUGCUUUGGAACUUGAGGAUAUAGUGAGGAACCAGGGAGCUGUGCCUGCCACUGUUGCAAUAAUGAAAGGCCAGAUCAAAGUAGGAUUAAACAAAGAUAUGAUUGCAGAGUUGGCCUCUUCCAAAGCUGUCAAAACAUCACGUCGAGAUUUUCCAUAUGUUAUGAGCAAGAAGUUGAAUGGUGGUACAACUGUUGCAGGAACCUUAAUAGUCGCAAAAGGAGUUGGUAUUCACGUUUUUGCUACAGGUGGCAUUGGUGGAGUUCACAGAGGUGGUGAGGAAACAAUGGACGUGAGUGCUGACCUCAUAGAAAUUGGUCGUAGUCCAGUGGCCAUUGUAUGCAGUGGUGUGAAAUCUAUUCUUGACAUUGAGAAAACAUUAGAAUAUUUGGAAACACAAGGAGUAAAUGUUGUUACUUACGGCAAGAAUAAGGAUUUUCCAGCAUUUUACUCAGCCAGCAGUGGGUUUUCUUCACCAUAUAAUGUUGAAACAACAGAAGAAGCUGCCCGUAUGCUUCAUAGUCUAUUGCGGGCACAACUCAAUUCAGGAAUGUUACUUGCUGUUCCUGUACCAGAAGAAUUUGCACUUUCUGGUGAUCAUAUAGAAAAAGCUAUACAACAAUCACUACAAGAAGCAGAAAAGAAUGGUAUCAAAGGAAAAGAUGUCACACCAUAUGUGCUGGAACAAGUACGCAUUCUGACAUCAGGGAAAUCUCUUGACACAAAUAUUGCUCUUGUGAGAAAUAAUGCAAAAGUUGCUGCACAGUUGGCAAUUAACUUGAAGAAACUUUCAAGGACAAAAUGCAGACGAACAGAAGGUCCAUCAGUCCAUGGAAAGAACAUUCCCUCGAAAGAGACCUCAGAGAAGCAGCUGCCAUAGGACAUCACUGCAGUUCAACAGAGUAAAACAUCAAGAGUGAAACCUAAAAAUAACUUUCAGCAGAAAUGAAAAUCAACACUACUGUAUUUCCUCAUACUAAAUGCAGUCAGGUAUCACUUAGCAUUUCUAACUAGCCCUCAAAUACAGUCAUUGCAUUCAAGAACAGCAGCAGUAUCCUGUUGGCACAGUGUACAUUGUUAAAAAGUCAUGUCAGAAUAUAACUUUCUUUUAAA